AGGCCUUGUAAGGCUUCAAUACAAGCAGAGUAGUAGUACACUACACGGAAGGCAGCUCCUCUACUUCUUAGGUGUGUGUAGUACGUGCAUCAAUCCUGUUUGUUCGAUCCUCAGAGAGCUACCUACUCGAUCGCACCACUUGAAAUUGCAGCCAAGGCCUUGUAAUUGUAGCACACCGAAGCUAGCAGAGCAUUUGGUAUUUGAAUCGGGAGGAACUAUGGUGCUGGACAAGGAGGAGGAGAGGAGCAGGGUCCUGGUAAUUGGUGGCACAGGUCACAUUGGGAAGCAUAUCGUUGCUGCGAGUGUCCGCCGCAGCCACCCGACCUCUGUCCUCAUCAGGGAUGCUGCACCGGCUGAUCUGGCCAAGGCGCAGCUCCUCAAGAGCUUCAUUGAUUCCGGUGUUGCUCUCAUCAAGGGAGAUUUAUUUGACCACGACAGCCUCGUAAAUGCCAUCAAGGGUGCAGAUGUCGUGAUCUCGGCCGUGGGGACCUGUCAGCUCGACGAGCAGACGAGGAUUGUCAUGGCCAUCAAGGAGGCUGGCAAUGUCAUUAAGAGGUUCCUGCCGUCUGAGUUCGGCUCUGACCCAGAGCGGGUUCACACCGUGGAUCCAGCGGCCACACUGUACGCUGGUAAAAUCAGCCUUCGCCGUCUGAUCGAGGCGGAGGGUAUACCUCAUACAUAUGUCUGCUGCAACGGGUUCGCCGAAACCUACCUUCUGAGCAUCGGCGAUGUUACGGCUCUUGGCGCCGGUCCUCCGUCCGACAAGAUCACUGUCCUAGGCGAUGGAGAUGCAAAAGGGGUGUUUGUGGUGGAAGAGGACAUAGCUGCCUACACGGUGAGAGCGAUCGAUGAUACGAGGACCCUGAACAAGAUCCUGUACAUGAGGCCGCCGGCGAACAUCGUGUCCCACACCGAGCUCAUCGCACUGUGGGAGAAGAAAGCGGGAAGGACUUUCCAGAUCGCUCGCAUCCCAGAGCCGGAUCUCCUCAAGUUGAUCAAGGAGGCGGCAUACCCUCUCAACAUGAUGCUGUCCCACUCGCUCUCCGUGUUCGUGAGGGGCGACCAAGCCAACUUCGACAUCGAGCCAUCCUUUGGUGUCGAGGCCACCGAGCUGUACCCUGACGUGAAGUACACCACCGUCGAUGAGUACCUGGACCGCCUCCUCUGACAGUUCUUGGCUGGAUGGAGCAAUAAAGAUGAUGGAGCAAUAAAGAUGAUGGAGCAGUGGCCUCUCCCAAAUCCAAUGAUGUGUGUGGUCUUGUGUGCAAAUUCACCAGAAAGAAAAGAAGAACCUCUGCGUUCCUUGCUAAAACAAACAUGAUUUGUGGCCGUGUACGGUACGUAUACGGAGCAGUCACCGAAUAAGAUUUGUAUAUAGGCUAGUUUAAAUACCCAUGUAACCCCACGGUGUAAUACCAGAUCAAAAAAGCAAUAAAAAUCUCGCGUGCGUGUGGUGUC